GAUUGGAAAAAAAGUUCUCAACGAGAGCGGGAACCUUUCUUGAAUUGUGUUGAUCAUUUCUGGAUUCACUGUUUUGUCUUUCCUUUCAUCUAUAUAAUUUUGAUUUCAUAAUCUGUUGAUUUUGUCUAAUUAUUUUUUCUUUUAUCUUACGCAUUAUUUUUGGUUAUUUAUAUUUAUAUAUAUCUUAAAUGGAUUGUUUAAAUGUUCCUAAAAUCAUGCCAAAUUCACCGUUGAAGAUAAGGGGUCAAAUACAGGUUAUUUUCGGACCAAUGUUUUCCGGAAAGAGCACAGAAUUGAUGAGAAGAGUACGUCGUUUUCAAAUUGCUCAGUAUAAGUGUCUAGUCGUUAAGUAUUCCAAAGAUGUUCGAUACUCUGCAUGUGGAGUUGCAACACAUGACAGGCACAUUAUGGAAGCAGUACCUGCAUCUCAUUUGAAAGACAUCUAUGAGCUGGCACUUUCAUCAUCUGUCAUUGGAAUUGAUGAAGGACAAUUUUUUUCAGAUGUUGUGGAAUUCUGCGAGGAAAUGGCCAAUCGGGGUAAAACCAUAAUUGUAGCAGCCCUGGAUGGGACCUUUCAGAGAAAGCCAUUUGGAAAUAUCCUGAACCUAGUUCCACUGGCAGAAAGUGUGGUAAAGCUGAAUGCUGUUUGCAUGGAGUGUUACAGGGAAGCUGCCUACACAAAGAGACUUGGCUGUGAGAAAGAGGUAGAGGUGAUUGGAGGAGCAGAUAAAUAUCAUGCAGUAUGCAGAGUCUGCUAUGGAUCACCAUCUGGAAAAGAGAACCAUAUCCCUCAGAUGAUGCCAGAAGAGUCUUCUUUUCACAACCUAUCUGGGAAAACAUCUGACAAAACACACAGAAAACUUUUUGGCACACUUCAAGUUGCGUAGAUACACCAAUUAGACUUUACACAUGUUGCUCUGAAUGCAUUUUGCUAAAAAUGAUGCUCAACCCAUUUUUCAAUAUAUCUGAAACCAUGGUUAUAAAAUGAAGCAAUUUAGAUUAAAUUCAACAAUUGACAAAUUUACUGUAGUUUUAAAAAUUGCACUUAACAUUUGGUUGUUUUCAUAUUUUUCUUAUAGAAAUAUAUUUAAAUCAUUUUUUGGCUGUGUGUUUAAUGUAUAAACUGAUGCUUUUUGCCAAUGUAUGUAUCAUGAGUUACAUAUGAUCAUAUUAAACACAUGGUCACAUACCUAAA